UCGCUGAAUGGCAUGAGGAUGAGGACGAGGAUGAGGGAGACAGCUCGACGAGGAGGCUGAUCUUGUCAUAUGAUUUUAAAGCCGUAUUUUCGAAGGGACCGAUCUAUUCAUAUUGACCCAGGGAUGAGGAACGAUGAAUGAAUAAGGAAAGCUCUAGCUGAGAUUCCAAGUUUUCCUCGUCUCCCCGGCCUGUGGUGGAAGUCAUGGAUUAAGGAAGAGGACCGUGAGCAUGUGUGCGUGCCUGUGUGUGAGCGUGUGAGGUCUUGGACAUAACCAUGGUGCUGAGGUGGCUGCUCCUGAACUCUUCGUGAAAAUAUUAAAAAUGAGAGCGUGAAGCUCUGGCUUCCUCGAAGGCCACCGCUGCAGGCUGGGCAGCACAGACACAUGAUCACAUGACUCUGGACAUGGACGCGGUCCUGUCAGACUUUGUUCGGUCCACGGGGGCGGAACCGGGUCUGGCACGAGACUUGCUGGAGGGUAAAAACUGGGACCUGAGCGCCGCUCUAAGUGACUAUGAGCAGUUGCGGCAGGUCCACACUGCCAACCUGCCCCAGGUGUUCAACGAGGGCCGUUACUACAAACAGCGGGAGAGGAGCGGAACCCCCCAGCACCUCAGCAAGAUGGACCAAUGCCUGCAGAGACAAGAGGAGAACACUCAGGAGAAGCGUCUCUCUCGGGGCAUCUCACACGCCAGCUCAGCCAUCAUGUCGCUGGCGCGGAUGCAAGUGACAGGCGAGUGUGCCAGGGAGCAGUUCCCCCUGGAGAUGCCCAUCUCCACCUUCCAGCUGCCCGACCUGAGCGUGUACAGUGAGGAUUUCCGGACCUUCAUCGAGCGGGACCUCAUCGAGCAGUCCACCAUGGUAGCAUUGGAGCAGGCAGGGCGUCUGAACUGGUGGUCCACUAUGUGUACCAGCUGUAAAAAGCUGCUGCCAUUAGCAACCACAGGGGAUGGCAACUGCCUACUGCACGCCGCCUCCUUAGGAAUGUGGGGCUUCCACGACAGAGACCUGGUGCUGAGGAAGAGUCUGUAUGCCAUGAUGAAGAGCGGAGCUGAGAGGGAGGCUUUGAAAAGAAGAUGGAGAUGGCAGCAGACACAGCAGAACAAAGAGUCAGGAUUGGUGUACACGGAGGAAGAGUGGGAGAGGGAGUGGAAUGAGUUAUUGAAGUUGGCCUCCAGUGAGCCUCGCACGCACUUCAGCAAGAGCGGCGGCCCCAGUGGAGGUGUGGAUAACUCAGAGGAUCCAGUGUAUGAGAGUCUAGAGGAGUUCCACGUGUUUGUGUUGGCCCAUGUCCUGAGAAGGCCCAUCGUGGUAGUGGCGGACACCAUGCUCCGAGACUCCGGCGGAGAAGCAUUCGCACCCAUACCCUUUGGCGGUCUCUACCUGCCCCUGGAGGUGCCGCCCCAACGCUGCCACUGCUCUCCGCUUGUGCUCGCCUACGACCAGGCCCACUUCUCUGCCCUCGUCUCCAUGGAGCAGAGAGACCAGCAGAGAGAGCAAGCCGUGAUCCCUCUGACAGACUCCGAGCACAAGCUGUUAGCACUGCACUUUGCUGUGGACCCUGGCCGAGAUUGGGAGUGGGGGAGGGGCGACAACGACAACACCAAGAUGGCCAAUCUUAUCCUGUCACUGGAGGCUAAGUUAAACCUUCUGCACAGUUAUAUGAAUGUAACAUGGAUCCGAAUACCAUCAGAGACCAGGGCUCCUCUCGCCCAGCCGGAGUCUCCCACUGCCUCGGCAGGCGAAGACGUGCAGUCGCUGGCCGAAUCCAUGGACUCAGACCGUGAGUCUGUCUGCAGCAACUCCAACGUCAACAAUGGCAAGUCCAGCAAAGAGAAGGACAAAGAAAAGCAGCGUAAGGACAAGGAGAAAGCCCGCGCCGACUCGGUGGCCAACAAGCUGGGCAGCUUCAGCAAGACCUUGGGCAUCAAGCUGAAGAAGAACAUGGGCGGCCUGGGCGGGCUGGUGCACAGCAAAAUCAGCAAGUCGACCACCACGAACGGGCGCGCCGUGGAGAACGGUGAGCAGAAGCCCAAGAAGAAGGACUCCAAAGCACGCAAAGGGAGCAAAGAGGAGUCGGGCCAGUCGGCCAGCACGUCCUCCUCGGAGAAGGCAACCAGCCCCUCGCCUACAGAGAGAGCCUCGGGCAGCUCGCCCAGCGAGAGGCAGCCUGGCUCAGGCAAGAUCGCGGGCGAGCGGACGCUGGACAACUGGAAGUAUAGCACGGACGUCAAGCUGAGCCUGAACAUAUUGCGUGCGGCCAUGCAGGGCGAGCGCAAGUUCAUUUUCGCCGGGCUCCUGCUCACUAGCCACAGGCACCAGUUCCAUGAAGAAAUGAUCAGCUACUAUCUGAGCAGCGCACAGGAGCGCUUCAGCAGCGAACAGGAGCAGAAGAGGAAGGCGGAGGCGGAGAGGAAGCCGGCGACCAACGGUGCGGCGCCGAAAAGGGCGGAGCCCGAGAGCGCCUUCCCGCGUGAGCCCUCCGACAGCUCCCCCGCCGAGAGCUGCUCACCUGUCCUGCAGCCAUCCUGCACGAGCCACAUCCCUCUGCCCAGGAACAGCCCCACGCUGACCGCCUUGCCCGCAGUCGCCCCAAGCGUCACGCCGGCCUCGGUCCCCGCCACGUCUGCCUCGCCCGUCCCCUUCUCGUCCCCCAGCAACGGUGCUAAAAGACCAGGGCCUGUCCCCGUGUCGGCACACUACAGCCAUACGCCGCCCGUCCAGAGGCACAGUGUCAUCCACCUGCGGGACACGAACACACAGUCUUCCGGCUACCAGGCUGAACCCUACAAGCCGGCGGUGGGCACGCUGAAGACCUGCGCCACAUACCCACAGCAGAACCGCUCACUUUCUUCCCAAAGCUACAGCCCGGCACGCAUGUCUGGGGUCCGCACCGUCCACACCGGGCACGAGGCCGUGCCGUACAACAUGCCCGGCGAGCACAAGUCCCACACCUACACUAACGGCUUUGACGCCGGCGACAUCCAGGACUGCCUGGAGUUUGCCGACGAGGAGCCGCCGCUACCCCACGCCUGGCUCAGUCACGAGCGACCCAAGGGCCGCAGUGGGACCUGCCCCGUGUACUGCUUCCAGCAGAAGCGAUGCAAGAGGGAGAACUGCUCUUUCUACGGGCGGCCCGAAACCGAAAACUACUGCUCCUACUGCUACAGAGAGGAGAUGAAACACAGGGAGAGAGAAAGCAAAGUCCACCGGCCUGGAUAGCCCCAUGAGUGCUCACACACACACACACACACACACACACAUAUUUGGAAACAUUGUGUGUGCGCAGAGUUAACCUCAUCGAAAGACAGUAGUGACCCAAUCACCUUCUGCAAUCGAAGAUAGAUAGAAUAUACUGGCAAAACAGUUUCUUACUCUAAUUAAGAAUGGUCUCCUUGUACUCUAAUCCCCUUUCUCAUAAUGGCAAAAGAACACUGUUACUUUAGGAAGAAAGGAAAUACCAUAACUGGAAUCAGUUUACAGAGAGUUUGCGCCAGAGAUUGUGCUGUCGUUUUCUUUACCAGUUUGUGUUUUGUCUGAUUGAAUUUGAAAACUUUUACUUGUUCUAGAGUAAAAGCUCACGUCUGCGCAUUUUGCUCAGUCUGUAAUAUAAAAUUCCUUGUAUUAGCUGAAAGUGAUGUACAAGCAUAUGUCAAUCUUCUCAGAGCGCCCCAAAGCUGAAGGGCAUGUCCGUUCAGAGGUCAUUUGAAUGCAAUACUUCACGGCAUUGCUCCUUGAAAUCUUAAUACAAAAUAUGUCUUUCUGCUGUGCAUUGCAAAUAAUUAAAACGGGAGGUACAUGCACUGCUAAGCAUGGGAUUUUUUUAAAAGCAAUAAGUUCGGUAAUGUCUGCAGCCCACCCCCCUUUUCUAUCUAUGCAUCCAUAAUGUCAGCCAUAGUAAUAUUGUCCCCGUGCAGAUCUGAGUGUGAUUCGAUCUGUCCUGAUUUAAGAGGAUUGUGGUGAAACAUUUUAUAUGUAGCCAACCGAGAUGUCCUGGAUUGUGCAAAAUCUGUUGUAAUUCAGAUUAAACAGCACAUACUAAAAAGUCCUCUGUGUAUGUAGGUUUGCAUUCCAUGCAGGGUUACUUGCUAUCUGAUACAAUACAGAAAUGUAUAUUGCUAGCAGCAUGCGCAAUAUAUCACAUUCACAGUAGCAAGUGGUGGGCUUAUGUAAAAUAAAACUACUCAUGACAAAUUUUGACAGUGCUCUCAUAGUACCAAGGUAAUGGAAUACAAACCUUUAUACACUUGAGUAAUGGACUAAGGGUGAAAUGCAAAUGGAGAUCUGUCUGCAGUGUUUGUCAUUACUGGUUAUGCACAUUGGUUAUCCUGUGGUGUGUUGGAUGUGAUAGCUGUUUCUCAUCAUACAUUCAGUAAUGUAGGAGCACUACCAUGCCAGUCUCUCACAGACAGACCCACCUGAGUAUGGGCCAACAAAAGAAAAAAAAAAAUUAUUCUCUUCUAUUUGAAAUCCUCAGGUAUUGUGUUAAAUAUCGUGGUAUAAUUUUUGCACAUUAGCCUGUUUGAUCCCUAAACUUAUAACAGAAUAUUUUAAGUGUUUAUCAAAGCUGAACAAUUUAGAUCAAAAUCUGAACGUUGACACGCACACUGGAAAAGCGUGCCUUUUCCACACAGCUAAGACAGAGCUAACGGCAGCGAAGGUGCUCUGAAGGUGACGCAUAACAAAUGUACCGUCUGAACUAGACGGGCCGGUGUUUCGCAGCUCUAAAGCUUUGCGUGUGUUGUGCGACAGGACAGUGCACUGUGGCUGACCGCAGUCAGGCUGGGAAACCUUUGCCAUACAAGGCACCACAUGCCUUCGGGGCUGGGCAAUAGCGUUAGAUUUUCAGCCCCCUCUUGCCUGGACACAGCGAAGGGCCUCUCCACGCGCUCCUCCUGCCCAGCGAGUGGGCCAGGCUGACCCCUCCCUUGCACGUUCCUACACCUCAUGCCUCCGGCUCUCCAGAACAAGGAUGCCCUCUGCUUCUCUUCCCAAGAUUCUACUGCACCAUCCACCGCACCUUCUUUGUCCAGCCCCACCCCUCUUCUUCCUCUGUUUCGUGUGACGGGAUCAUGAACUCACGCCGUCUUAGAAUUGUAAAAUAUGAUUUUGUAUUCAUUUGACAGUUUUACACUACUUUAAAUUAUUAAUUUGCAUAAUUAGGUACCAAUGUAAAUAGUAGAAAUAAGAAAAAAGAAAACAACGAGAUUAGUUUAUUGGUAA